AAAAAAACUGACACGUGUAAGAUAAAGUGAUAUCAACAUAACUUAAAAUUUAAUAAUUUUCAAAAUCAAAAAAAUUGAAAAGUGUAAAAAUCUUAUCAAAAUAGAAUAACAACAAAAAUAAAAUGUUAAUUUAUGAGAAAAAAUUAUUAAACAAUACAAGCAAAAUUUUAUCCAAAGUAGAAAUCAUCUAUAAAAGCAUCUUGUGUUUCGUAGCAAAUUGUUUAAGUUCAAUGACAAUAGAUAUUGGUUCUAAGUCAGCAUUAGUAAAUUCUGUAAACAAGUCCACGACGUUCAACACUUUUUUCCGUCGAAGUUAUAAUUUAAAAAUCAAAAUACUGGUAACGGACAUAAUUUCUGGUUUAAUUGCAAGUGCAGUGUUAACAAUGGGAAAUAAAUAUAAUUAUCCUUACCUUUAUAUUCCUUGGCUUUUGAACACUCUCAAAGGGAUUGCACUAUUUCAAGGUCCUACUCUCCUCAGAACAGCUUACAAAUUGAUUUCCAACGCAGAAGUUCCAGCAGGAUCAUUCCUCUUUAUAACGUUACUUUUAUUCAUAGAGGAAAUUUUUCUAUGGAACGAUGUUUUUUGGAAUUUUAAACGUUGUUGGAAUAAUUAUAUUCAUUGUAAAAGAAAUACAAUAUCUGAGAAAAACAUUAACGAGAAAAAAGAAAAACGACUUCCUACAGUAGAUGCAUUAAAUGAUGAAAUAAACUUCAAAUUUGGCAAAGUUGAUGAUUGUCAAAUGCCCUUUGAAAAUGCUGAUGAAUUGUCGAAAAUUUUAUGCUCCAACACUGGAACAAAUUCUUCUGAUUAUUCAUUAAACGUAAAAUAUUGUUCAAGCAUGAACGAAAAUAAUCACCUAGUUCGAAGUAAAUUCACAGAUAUAACGGGUUAAUUAAUCGCUAAAUAUUAAUAUCAGCUCUGAAUUGCGCCAAAGUUUUCAACAUAACCUUAUUCCACAAUUACCGAUUCUACCAGACUACAAUUUCUUAGUUAUCCAUUUAAAUUUAUUUAACAUGCAAAAUAACCUUUGAAAAUUAAAGAUUGAUUUAUUUUGUGUUCAAGCACGAGAGCACAUGUCGAUCCAAAAAUGACCAAUUUGAUAGCAUGCAAACAUUAACAAUGUAUAACAUACUGUAUUAAAGUCAAGUAUUAUAUCUUACAAAUAAAUUGAAGUCAUUACCUUUA